AGUGCAUGGUACUUGUGCGAGUCGUUGUCUAAUGAGAACCAUCCAAACAUCAGGUUCGAAUAUGUGCGCAAAUUCGAAGAGUGGGAUGCGCUUGCACCCAGUAAUUGGAUUGUCGUAAGAAUUGAUGGCAGAGGCUUCAGCAAAUUUUCGAAACGCCAGGGCUUCGCCAAACCCAACGACCGUCGUGCUAUAGACCUCAUGAACGCCGCCGCUGUCGAAGUCGUAAAGCAGUUUACCGACAUUGUCAUCGCCUACGGUCAGUCUGACGAAUACAGCUUUGUACUCCACGAAGACUGCCAGCUUUUCGAACGACGAGCAGCAAAACUCGCGACAAGUAUAUCGACAGCAUUCUCGGUGGAGUACUGUAUGCAGUGGGAUGAGCACUUUUCGGGACAGCCUUUGGAGAGGCCUUUUCCGACCUUUGAUGGCAGAUGUGUAUUGUAUCCUAAGAAGAAAAUUCUGAGAGAUUAUUUGAGUUGGAGGCAGGCUGAUUAUACACCGGCCAUGACUCCUACAGAAGCCGAGUUGGCUCUGAAGGUAAAGCUGUGCUCACCGUCUCAAUUGGCCUCUGAUCUCUGCUCACACAGACAAAACAGGNGGACUUUCUCAGGAGACAAAAACGAGAUCCUUUUCAAAAGGUUCAACAUCAACUAUAACGCAGAAGAUGAGAUUUGGAAAAAGGGCAGUGUCUUCGAAGACAAGCAAUCCACCACAGAGAAACCAGCGGAGAAGCAACUUUCUAGACCAACAGAUGACCGAGGAAAGAAGAAGCCACCAUCGAAAACACAACUGGAAAAAGAGAGGAAGAGAAAACAGAAGGCUAGGAUUGUGGUGGAGCAUGUUGAUAUCAUCAAGGAUAGAUUCUGGCUGGAGAACCCAUGGAUCCUGGAGUAG